CGAAGACUCACUUCGAGUUCAGCAGCACAAAUCAACUUGUGAUCCAAGCAGCAACAAGCCAAUCUCCUCAAGAUGAAAUUCCUUAUCAUUGCCGUCGCCUUCUUGGCCUGCGCCUAUGCUGAUGUCUCGGAGCUGUCCGCCGGUGGCUACGAUUAUCCCCAGCCUGCUCCUCCGGCACCGGUGAAGAGCUACAUCCCACCCCCACCACCACCGCCACCACCAGCACCCAAGAACACCUAUAUUCCUCCUCCGGCUGCUCCUGCCAAGGCCCACAUCCCACCCCCACCACCACCACCACCACCAGCACCCAAGAACACCUACAUCCCCCCUGCACCAGUGGCUGCUCCCGUCGAGACCUACAUUCCUCCUGCAGCUCCUGCCCCAGCCUACAUCCCUCCUGCCCCAAUCCAGGCUGAGGAGCCCAUCAUCGAGGAGCUCGAGCAGCCCGCCCAGGACGGUUACCGUUACAAGACCGUCCGCCGUCGCGUCUUCCGUCACCGCAACUAAGUUCCUGGAUUGCAACUGUUGACUAAUGUGAUAGGCCCUGGCGAAUGUCACCUAGCCAAGGAAUCUGUUAAUGUUUUGUUUUAAAAAUGAAGUUAAUUUGAAGAAUAAAUAAAUAAUUAAAAGAAA